GACAGCAGUGUUGUGAGUUUGUCGAGUAACGCAGAUAAUGGCGUGUAACCAACAGGCUUUGCAGAGGCUGUCAUCGCAAUACAUGAAGAGAGACUGGAGUCGGGGCAAAGCAGAGCCGGGUGCCAACGGAAGUGUUUAUACCUUAUGGAGGUGCAUAGUAGAAGCCACUGCGCAGAUGAGUGUCUCAAGGACCAACGCAGCAGAGAAUUAUCGCUUCCUCAGCAAUGAAGCCACAAAAACUCUGCGGGCUGCGAAAGAGCAGCGACUAAAGAAAAGCUUGGAGCAGAUGCAGCGUGUUCAGGGUGAAUUGGUGGAAGAGGUCCGAGAUCUUAACAAAAUUAAGAAGAGGUAUUGUCAGUUACAGCGCAUAGCCGACAUCGCCUGCGAGAAAGCGUCUGACGCCCAAUCCAGAUCAAAGAGGAAUGACCUUGGAAUUUUCCACUUUCGCACGACUUUGCACAAACUGAACACCAAGUUGAGUGCCCGGCUAUCAGAGUGUAACCUGCAGCUCACAGAAGCUCGUAACGAGUAUCUCUUGACUUUGGCUGCUGUCAGCGCUCACCAAGAACAUUAUCAAGCGACUAGUUUGCCUGCUCUGAUGAAG